AUGAGUUUCAAGCCUGGGAAGUCCAGAUCCCUGGUCUUGCGGAAAGGGAAGGACACCACUGCAUGGCAAGCAACCAGCUCCAACCUUAACCAGUGGCACCUAGCUGUUGACAAGUCUGGACUUCCUGGGAAGUUCAAGGCCAGAGAAGUCCUUCUCUACAGAGACUCCACUGAUGGGAAGGUGUCUUCAGCAGGGAUAGAGGUCCGCACUGGAAGGAAGUGGCUUGCCAAGUAUGCAGUGGAAAGAGCCUGCGUCACAGCACCCAUGGUGGGUACAGUGGCCAAAGGGCGGGCAGGGCUGGGCAGCAACCUGAAGCCCUGCUACAGCAGAGUGACAGGAAAGGACAGGCGUAAGCUCAUCCAAGAGGAGGUUCAGGCAGAGGUGGAAGAGGCUUGCUUCAGCAGUGUGGUGGGCAUGAGCAAGCAGGAGGCCUGGACCAAGUGGGAGCAUGUUUCCAGCCGUAAGAUCACCUGGACUGAUGUAUGGAGGGCGGAGCCACAUCAUUUCAGGUUCCUCGUCCAAGCGGUGUAUGAUGUCUUCCCAAACCCCAGUAACCUAUUCACCUGGGGCCUGAUAGACUCACCUGCGUAUCAGCUCUGCCAGAGAAAAGGGUCUCUUGAGCACAUCCUAAACUGCUGCCCAAAGGCCCUGGGAGAUGGCAGAUACUGCUGGCGCCAUGACCAAGUCCUGCGGGCAAUAGUAGAUACCAUCUGCACUGGCAUAUACACCAGCAAGAGUCAACCUCUAAGCAGGAGCAUGAUUGUCUUUGUUCGAGCAGGGGAGAAACUGCAACCCUCCAAGAAGACCCAAGGGGGCCUGCUCACGACAGCAAGGGACUGGCAGCUCUUGGUCGAUCUGGGGAGGCAGUUACGAUUCCCAGAUUACAUCGCAGCCAUGACACUCCGCCCGGACAUGGUGCUGUCAUCAACUUCCACCAGGCAGGUUGUGCUGCUUGAACUAACUGUUCCUUGGGAGGACAGAAUAGAGGAAGCCCAGGAGAGGAAGAGGGCUAAAUACGCAGAACUCAUAGCUGAGUGCCGGAGGAAUGGCUGGAAGGCCCGCUGCGAGCCUAUUGAAGUGGGCUGCAGGGGCUUCGCAGGCAGAUCUCUACACCGUGUCCUUGGGCUCAUAGGGACUUGCGGUCUGCAGAGACAAAGAGCCACCAAGAACAUCUUGGAAGCAGCUGAAAAGGCUUCAUGGUGGCUCUGGUUGAGGAGGGGGGAGGCGUGGCAUAGUGCGCUACCUGGACACAAAUUGGGGAACUGGGUCGGCCGAGUGAGGGUGUAUGACUAA